GUUCCAUCGGUGCCAUCCUCGCCACCUCUCUCUCGCCCUCCGCCGCUCGCCCCCUUUGCCCCUCGGGGGUCCCAUCGGAUGCGCGAUGGAAAUGCGUUAAGCGGGACUGCUCGAGCCCAGCUGCGGUCAAUUGUGCAAGAUCGUCCGAGAGAAGCGGGUCGUUUUCGUUCUAGUGCUCCGGUACUGCUGCUGCGGACUUUGUGAGAUUGCCAGAAGAAGUUGUGCUGACUUGACGCGCCACCAAUACCGAACAGUUGCUACUUAGGCGGUUGUGAUCUUACCGAACUUGGUGCUUGGCGUUAAGUUUUACUUGAGAGGUGUGUUGUUGUACCCCGGCGUGCAAAGCGUGUAUCUUGGCGGUGUGGAAAAAACCCCGUCGUCCUAAGUGGUGCUUGUGUGCUAGCGAUCUGUGAUUAACCUAAUCGUUUGACGUCCGGUCAAGUGCUGCGUCAUCGCAUUGCGCAAAAUCAAACGAAUCGUCCCAACAUGAAGUCCAUCAUUUUGUGCCUGGUGUUUGUGCUGGCGUACGCAGGAGGACAGCGUAUCACCACGAUCCAGCUGGACGGUGUGCAGUACUUCAUCAGCCGGAUGAACCCGUACUCGCCCGAGCUGAACUACUUCCUCGCCUACCAGUACUGCCGGUCGCUCGGGUUGCAGCUCGCCUCGUUCGAAACCAAGGAGAAGGUGGAAUCGAUGACCGAGUACCUGCAGAACGCCGGCUACGGCAAGUACAACUUCUGGACGUCGGGCAACCGGCUCGGCACCGGCAUGUUCCUCUGGAUGAGCACCGGACUGCCGUUCAACGCCACGUUCGACUACUUCGAGAAGUCGCCGGAAACCGUCGGCAUGGACCCGCUGGACCACAACAGCAACACCUCGCCCCAGCGCACCGCUCGCGACAGCAGCGGACUGCAGAAGGGCUGCGUGCACCUGAAGGCCCCGAGCCUACGAUGGGCCCCGGAGGACUGUUCGGCCGUGAAAGAUUUCAUCUGCGAGCAAACGCGAUGCUACUACUACAACUACGGUAGCAUUCCGGUUUCGUCUGCGCAGGGUCGUCCGAUUCAAACAUCAACCAGCACGUCGCUCUACACUACUCUUGCCGCCACCACGACAACGACCACGACUUCCACCACGAUGGAACCACCAACGACACCGGCCGAGGCGCGCCAAUUUUCGACUAUCUCCACGAUGAUGCCAGCCCAGCUGACCGCUGAACAUACGUCCCCACUUGCCGCACUGCUGAACGGGGACAUCCUGGAUCAGGAUCGUACCUCCGCUCGGCCCGCCAUGCAGCAGCAGCACAAUAAUGACGCCGAAGAAGAGCACGACGAGGAUCUCGAACACGACCAGGAAGAUGACGAGCAGCACCACGAACUCGAGGAGGAGGAUGAUGAGGUAAACGUGGUCGGGCGCAGCAGCAGCAGCGCGAAUGCGGUCGCCGCGGAGGAGGACGAGGUUGAGCAGGAGGAGGACGAGCACGAGCAUGAGGACGAGCACGAGCAGGACGAGAGCGACGACGAGGACGAGCAGGCGGCCGAGCUGCAUCAUCAGCAGGCGCUCGCCGCCGGCCAGGAUGCGGUCGGGUCCGUCCUGCCCGAGGACAUCCCGGUCGAGCAGAAGCUGAAGCAGAUCACGAAGGAGAUUGAGCAGCUGUCGAGCGGAGCGGGCGAUCGCGAACUGCGCCUGGACAGUCGCCAGAGCUUCCUGUCGCUGUCGGAUCUGAUCAAGAACAUUCGUCCGGCGGAAAAGGUGGUGCCGCAGAUCGAUUCGUCGUACGCUAACACGAUGCGCGUCCUUGGGGAACCGCUCAGUCAGAGACGAUAAACCUUAAGGUACGGGGACAGUUCACAAAACGGGAGUUUAAAAUAAGCGGACGAGAGAGAGAGAGAAAGAGAGAUAGAGAUGAAAUGAGAGUUUGAACGUUAGGUUAAACUAUUUUUAAAAAGAACCGCACGCAUUUAAACCAUGCAUAUACCACUCAUCCGUCCAGUUUCGUUCGUAGUGUUUUUAAUAACGAUUCGGUGCUUCGUAUGUCCCACAGAUUCUGCAUGUGAACAGCUCAUACCAUGCGCUUCCCAUUUGGUGGUUCUCUCUGAGGACAGACCAUCCCGAUAGGCUCCGAGCUACUAACGCUUGGACCAAUCCGGGAUAUUACUUCUCGAGGGAACCCACCCCAUCUCCAAUGGCUUGUAAUGUCAUACGUCUCUCAUUCCAUCAUACUAGUAGAUCACAACUCAUUCCCACCAUCACCACCACCAUGCUCAUCAUUACCGCGUAAUCCUGAACUCCCCGGAAGGCAUACGGUACAAUUUGGCAAACAUUUUAAAAUGAGUUUUUGAUUAACUUUACCAGUUGCCAACGGGUUGCUGGCUUGGACUGUUUCAGAACGGUGUUGCAGGGGUUGCAAUUGAACUCGUUGCUGCCAUCGCUUGCUGGCACUAAUUGAAACGUCGCUUACACUUGAUUCGUUUCACACCGAAUUUCCCAUUUCAACCUUUUCCCUACUUUUCCUGACGCCAUUGGAGAAAUGGGAUGACAUGCGGAGUCGUUCAACAUGUUGCGGAAUCAUUCCCCAAAAAAAAAUCAUUAUACCCUUUCCCCUGAUUUCCAGCACACCCACCUUUCAACAAACGUGAAGAGUAGCGAGAGCGAUGGUAUUAAGAUUAAGGCAUUAAGCAAGUAACAGAAUACGAACGAAUAGCGUAAGUGUACUAGAAUUCUUGUGAUUUAAA